UGACUACCUGGAGAAAGUGACUGGGCUCUGACUGUUUAUGAAGAUGAGUUGAGAGGCAAACCGCAAAAGAGAAUAGCUGUAGUGGAAGGUGGCUACAGUCGGCAGUGGGCGUGUUCUUCUUGUUGUGAUCUAUAGUUGGGAAGCCUGGUGUCAUCUGCUUAAGCCUGACUGUACCAACCUGUGUGGCUGAGCAGGACAGAGGGAGGCAGCAGGGAAUGACAUACCUGGAAACACACACCACUCUGCUCUACCUUGGUCUCAACCUUCAGGGUGCUGCGAAUGAGGAUCCCUUUCACUUGUGGGACAUUUUGUGCAUUUGGACAUAUUAAUGACAUUCUGUGACGGAAGCGUGGAAGACUAAUGUGCAGAUGUGUGGAGCAGUGAAGCUGACACCUGUCUUGGAGUUUGACAACAUCUGGACUGGAGGGGGUGCAUCUCCCUUUUCUGCCCAGGGGAGGGGGCACCGGGCUGGGAACCCAAUGGCUCAGCUCCCCUCUAGCACCAGAAUCAUCCUGGGUCACAGGGACUCCUUCUAGCAAGCCACUCUGUUGGACCAUACAAUGGAUGGAAGUCUAUGUGGAUUUAAGUGGAAUAGUGCACUGGUGCUCCAGCAUAGGUCAGAGUUCACUAGCGUGCACUGGACUCAUCAGGGGAAGACAGAAGACACAUUGGUCCAAAAGUCUAAAGGGACACAGCCCCAUUAAUGCUGUGGAGACACUUGAAGAAUGAUGAGCUCCAAAGAGGAGGAAACUCUCCGGUUUUUCCAGUAUGUUGAGGAGAAUGGGCUGAGAGCCUACAAUGGCCUGGUAGCUCAGAACUUGGACCACGCCAGGAAUGAGAGAAAUAAGGCCUUCCUGCAGGAAAAAAACGACAAGAAGAGAAAACAGGAGGAAGCCAUAAGGAGGACGGGAGAAGACAUAACAACUGAGGGCAAGCACUUGCGUAUAGGCUCCAUUACCAUGCCGGACCCCCAGGAACGCAUGCCCAUGCACCACCCGCACGCCCUUGCUGGUGGCCAGGGCUUCUCUGUACGCUCCCAGUCCCUCCACUCUGUCGGUGGUGGGAACACUGGGGGUGGAGGAGAGGAGGAAGUGGGAAGCCCGACCUCUAGGAAGCAGCCCCCACCCAAGCCCAGGAGGGACCCGGCCACCAAGCUGAGCAUGUCGUCCGAGGCGGUGGACCACAGUCCCAUGUCCACCUGCCGCGGGGAGAGAUGUGACGCUCAAGGAUGCAGCGAGGACUGUAGGAGGGUUCCGCCACCCAAACCCAAGAGGAACCCCAAUACACAGCUGAGCGUUUCCUUCGAUGAGUCCUACAUCAAGAGUCAUAGAGGCAGUGGGGUUUGUCCGUCCAAACCCCUCCAUUACGUCACCUCCCCCUGCGAACUUAAUCCAUCGCCACCGCAGAGCGAUGAGAGCCCUAUAGAUGACUGUGAAGAUGAACCUGUGUAUAUAGAGAUGGGCGGGAUUGAUGUUGGAGCACGGGAACCCCUGAAGAGCGAGGAUGAGGAGCCAGGAGAGUCUGUGUACGAGGAGAUGAAGUACCCAGCUCUGGAUGAUAUGGAGUACCGUACUGACCCUGUGGGAUGCCGCUCUGCAUGCCCCACCCCUGCCCCUUAUGACCCUGAACCUCUCAGCCGCUGCUCCACACCUCGAAACAUUCCCCUCUGUGACAUUCCUGCACCUUUUCCCAAUUUACUCACCCAUCGGCCUCCGCUGUUGGUGUUCCCCCCAGCACCAGCGCAGUGUUCACCCAACUCAGACGAGUCCCCCCUCACCCCUCUAGAUGUGACCAAAUUGCCCAUGCUGGAGAACCAAUCCUACAGCAAAUCCCCAACAUCGUCAACUGAACCAGUCUCCUCUGCACACAUCCGCAGGGAGCUCACUGCCACCCCAACCCUCACCGUCUCCGGGCGCUCCUCUGCUCCUCCUCUACCCUGCACCCUCUACAAAUCGUCCUCCUCUUCCUCCUAUCAGCGCAGCCACUCUGCUUGCCCAUCGCCUGUCAGCAUGGGUCGCUGUCUCACCCCCCUGAGCCUCAUGCGCACACCUCCUUUUGACGCCUCAAUGCCAUUUCCCGGGGGUCUGCCUCGCAGCGCCUCUGCCACCCCUCACGGUAAAGGUUCACCACCUCAAGAUGGUGGGGGUCGACUCCAUGGCUCUAUGCAGAAUGUGUCAACAGGGCGAUCACGAACACCCACCAGUCCACUGGAUGAACUGACCAACCUGUUCACCACAGGCAGGAACAUGCUGAAGAAAAACACAAGUGGCAGAAAAUCUAAAGAACCUGGAGAAACUGAGUCCAAAAGCAAGUCUCACAGUGAGUCCAAGCGUGAAGGCAAGGAACGCCACAGUCACAGUAAGGAGUCCAAGCGAGACUCCAAGGAGCGGCACAGCAAAGAGUCUUCACACCGGCGAGACAGAGACAAGGACAAGGACAGAGACAAAGACAGAGACAGAGACAGAGACAAAGACAGAGACAGAGGAAGCAACAAUGUAGAGCAACUGCCCCACAAAAACAGUAAAGACCGUACUUGUAGUAGUGUAGAAGCACCGCCUGUUCGCAGGGACAGCAGGGACCAGGGCUGCAGCAGCGUAGAGCCCAUACCUGUGAGACAAGACUCCAAAGACAGGGGCUGCAGCUCCUUAGAACCAAUCUCUUCAAUAAGAAGAGACUCCAAGGACAGAGGGAUAAGCAAUGGUGAUUUGAUGCCAAGGAGAGAUAGCAAGGACCGGAGCGGGGGACAUGGAGUGGAGCCGUUGCUAAGGCAGGACAGCAAAGACCGAGAGAGACUGCUGGAUCAGCCACCUGAGCUCUUACCAAGACAAGAGACCAAGGAAAGGGUGAGAAAUGGUGUAGACUCCAGACACGAAAGCAGAGAGAGACUGCUAGAUCAGCCACCUGAGCUCUUAUCCGGGCAGGAUAGUAAGGAGAAGGCCAGGAAUGGUGUGGACUUAAAGCACGAAAACAGAGACAGGCCACCUGAGCUUUUACCCCGACAGGAGAACAAAGACAGAGCUAGAACUGGAGCAGAAUAUAGGCAUGAUAGCAAAGAUCAUCGAUCUGAUUUGUUACCCCGACAGGAUAGCAAAGAAAGAAUCAGGAGUGAGAUAGAGCAUAGGCACGAAGGUAGAAUAGACCAGCCUCCGGUGAUCCUGCCCCGACAAGAAACAUCCAGAGGCGGCAACAGCAAGGACAGAGUUGCCUACAGCUCUGACUCCAAGAUUGAGGGUAGAGAGCGAAGCUGCCACAACGGAGGAGAUAUUCCUCCUCCUCCUCUACCCAAGCAGGAGAGUAAAGAUCUUUGCAAAACUGGCCUUGAGGCAAGGAGGGACAGCAAAGACCGAAUUCUGAAUAACUCAGGGGAGCAGCAUUAUUACGAUGUGAAAAACAGCAAGAGCCCCGCUGCAAUGGAGUAUAGGUGUGAUAGCAAAGGAUACAGACGGGAUGGCACGCCCCGAAGGGAAAACAGAACAAACUACAGCAUGGAACAAUCGAAAGCACAAGACAGGAACGGUAGCACAACAUCAGGGCAGCAUUCAUCCACAACAACACCUACUCACCACGGGAGAUCAUCCGGCAGUCCACCAAUGACUGUGGGAACAGGAAAUGAUCCGAAAGCAGCACCAAAAUAUGUCCGCUCACCUUCUGCUCCUGCCAACCCCUCACCAAUAGGAACUCCGCAAAGGAGAGUAGCAGAGACACAUCACAGUCAGAUGCCCCAGAUGCCCUGGAUAUGUGGUGACACCACCAUGCUCGAACAGAUCGAGAGGAAACGCACCCUCUGCAUGGAGAUCCGCUCCAGACAGCACCCACACCUGCAGCGAUCUCUGGAGAGGCCUCCUCCUCCGGACAGGAAUGAGGACAGGCACCCGGAGCGGAAUCAGUGCAAGCAAGAAAGUGCAUCUGUCCUCCCAAGUUGGGGGAAAAGCAGCGGGGCCAAAAAGAUCCGUCCACCACCUUACCCCACACAGACAACCGUAUUCUGGGACACGGCCAUCUGACCGUAAUAACACACUUGCACCUCCCUGCCACACAACCCCCCUAUUACCCACUCCCUCUUUCCUCCAGGUUGUGCUGAUUCAUCCCUGGAACACCAGGGGGAACCAGGACAGCCAAUAAGAGCACCAGGGGGCUGAUACUUGCUGAUGUCAAAGGACAAUGGUGGUUACCAUAGCAAUAUUUCUGCUUGUUCAGGUUGUCAUGUUUUCUUAUCAUCACUGGUGAUAUUUGAUAUUUUUCUAUUUCCUGUGACUGGAUUCUUGUAAUAUAAUUAGUAGAAUAGAUAUUUGAUGAAUAGAUAUUUUUUAAAUGAGAUGGGGAUUAAAAAGCAUCUUAAAUUAUGUAUAGUAGAUGUAGAUGCUAUCUAAAGUUUGUUUUUUUAAGUUAUUUUUGUUUUGGUUAUUUUACAUUUGAAAGCAUACUCUAUCAAUACUUGUACUGUAGUAGCAUAAUUUUCUUAUGCCCAACUCUUUUUGUGCUCAAAAGCACUGAAGUGAAUGGACUAUUCAAUUCUGUCUAUAUAUACUUUACAUUUUCACUGUUGUAUAGUAAGUUGAGGAGUUCAACGUCAACGUGCUUUAGAUUCCGGCACCUUCCAUGCCUGGUCCAGCAUGUUGUAGAAUGUACAACAGUUGGUCCUAGAAACGAGAAAGGAAACUCUGUGUGCUUCACUUUGUAUAUUACAGUAAGAAGCUGUGUAGUCACUGUGUCAAAGCCUCUCGAAGCGGUCGAUUCGUUUUAUAGGUGAACCUGUUGGCUGGCACGUUGUAGAUGACAGAGAAAGUGUGAAAUGUUUCUUCUGUGUUCUAAGAGACACUAUGAGGGUGGGAUGAGGAGGUAGAAAAUUAGAACAUUACAUUUUAAACAGUAUAAUUUCCAAAACCAGCCAAAGCCUGUAAAAGCAAGAGAUGGGUGUGAUUGCACUUGGGACGUGUGUUUAUUUAAAAAGGGGUGGUGACAUUAGGUGGCAAGCACUAGUGCAUUAGGUGGCAAGCACUAGUGCUAGUCAUGCAUACUGCAAGCACCAUGGCAAAGUGUAAAGACUUGAUGCCAAACGACUAGCCCGUACAAUCAACACCUGAGCUUUUAGAACAUUUCUUAAUUUUACUGCAGAUUAUAAUAGCCAUAUGCACUUGCUUAUGAAAUAACUUUCAAGAUUAUGCUUAUAUAUAUAUUUUUGAAAAUGUUAGGAGUAGCGAGCUGUGCCAUGGAAGUUUUCAUUUAUUGGCUAGGACAUAAAUGCCUCAGGAGACUGGCCGUGUGACAUGCAGCCGUCCUUGAUCGGUUGUCUCUGACAAUGUUCCCAAUUGAAUUGGCUGGCAACCAUUUUAGAGAUCGAAUCAUUUAAGGACCUAUCACAUGGCAACAGCUCUACCCAGUGAAAUGGACAGGGGUUGCACAAGGGCCUACAAAUAUUUGAGGCUUUGCUAAGAAGAAAAGAAAACUGCACUACCCAUCAUCUUCCAUCACAUUCAAUCAGGCUGGUAACAUACAUGUCCUUCUCCCCCAGCUCUCUCCCUCUACCUCAGCCUCCUGCUUACAUCAUCGAAAUUGGUUCUCUUUGCACAUUAAAAUGCAAUGUCAACAUUGCCAAAAUAGUUUGGGUUUGAGAAAUGGGCGAACCCUCCGAGUGCAAGUGCAGUACCCCCUCUCUCUGGUGAGAAUCAGAUGUCCCUCUGUGUUGUGCGAAUGGGCGCGUGUGUGUGUGUGUGUGUGGGAGAGAGCUGUGCAUGUCUGUGUUCGUGUGCCAAGCUACACUGUAUGCAAGUUGAAUCUUUACAGAUGAUUGUUUUAAGACAUUCACUUUGCCCUAUCCAUGGUGUUGGUGGGUGGAGGUUGGAAAUGUAAUAAUGAUGAUGUACAAUCUUUUUGUGUGUAUAAAUGUGCACUGUGAAAAGGUAGAGAGAGCACCGCACUGUCAGAGUCCUCUGCCCUAUUGCACUGAGUGUUCUCUUGUUUCGCGUACUUUAAAAAAAAGAAAAAAAAACAAUUUUGAGGAAAUAAGUACUGUAUUCUGAUUGUCACAUGGGUUCU